GGGGAGGAGAAGGCUGGGAGGAUUUUGGACUUGGGCUGUGAGGGGAGGGGGAUUGCAUUGGGUACGUGCAACGCGAAUUGGGUAUGGAGGCACAAAUGCAGAGCCGAACGCGAUAAUCCCACCACUGGGAGUAGGGUUCAUUGCUAUCAAGGGUUCCGGAGAUUAGGGUUUGGCGCUUUGGUUUUUGUGCGGGUCUACGUCGCGGCCUUCGUCUGGAGCUCGGGUCCUCUCCCGCUGCCCUUCACGAGGUGUUUAGGUGCCUUUGUGCGAGGGGGAGCUUAACAUUGUCUUGGCGAGGGAGGACCAUCGCGCGAUCCCCUCAGGCUUUUUGGAUCGGGCGGGGGGCAAUGCAGCUCCGAGUGGCCGUCAUGGCCGUCGUUUUUGUCCCAUUGCUGGCAUUGCUUUCAGCUCCGUUGGCUUCUGCCUUCUACUUGCCGGGUGUUGCUCCCAUCGACUUUGGAAAAGGCGCGGAGGUGACUGUGAAAGUGAAUAAGCUGUCAUCCGUCAAGACUCAAUUGCCUUAUGAUUAUUACUCGCUUGACUACUGCAAGCCAAGUUCAGGGAUUGUGAACAGUGCCGAGAACUUGGGAGAGGUUCUUCGAGGUGAUCGCAUUGAGAACUCACCUUACGUUUUCCCAAUGAAAAUCGAUCAAACUUGCAAAAUCGUUUGUCGAAAGGCAAAUCUAUCUCAAGGUGCAGUGAAGAACUUCAAACAAAAAAUUAAUGAAGACUACCGUGUGAACAUGAUUCUGGAUAAUCUGCCAGUUGCUGAAAGAAUGACUCAUACUCAAGGUCCCACUGGAAUGACCUAUGACCCCGGGUUCUCUGUCGGUUUCAAGGCGCCACUGAAGAAGGGUGGUGAACUGAAGCACUUCAUAAACAACCAUCUUUCCUUUGUUGUGUUGUAUCACCAGGAUAUCGAAUAUGAUGCGUCACGUAUAGUUGGGUUUGAGGUGAAACCAUUCAGUGUGAAACAUGUGUACGAUCGCUGGGAAAAGCACGCUACCAAGUUGUCUACCUGCAACCCAUAUAAGAAAAUUUUCGUCUCAUCAGCACAGGAGUGGCAAGAGAUAGACAAUGGGCAAGAAGUUGUCUUUACAUAUGAUGUAGCUUUUAAGUACAGUCAUGUCAAAUGGGCUUCUCGCUGGGAUACAUAUCUACUCAUGACAGAUGCGCAGAUUCACUGGUUCUCCAUCAUCAACUCCCUCAUGAUUGUGCUAUUCCUAUCAGGCAUGGUCGCCAUGAUUAUGAUGCGUACUCUUCUCCGAGAUAUCUCUCGAUACAACCAGCUGGAAAGCGUUGAAGAAGCUCAGGAAGAGACAGGAUGGAAGCUGGUCCAUGGAGACGUAUUCAGGCCCCCGACGAAAUCAGGACUGUUGUGCGUGUACGUGGGCACAGGUGUGCAGUUUUUUGGUAUGGUGGUGGUGACGAUGAUAUUCGCUCUGCUUGGAUUCCUGUCCCCUGCCAAUCGUGGUGGGUUGAUGACGGCCAUGCUGCUGCUUUGGGUUUUCAUGGGAUUAUUUGCUGGUUACUCGUCCUCGCGUAUGUACAAGAUGUUCAGAGGGGCAGACUGGAAGAGGAACACGCUGAGAACGGCGUUCACAUUUCCCGGAGUGGUGUUUGUGAUAUUCUUCGUUUUGAACGCCUUGCUGUGGGGAGAGAAAUCCUCUGGAGCGGUACCGUUUGGGACAAUGUUCGUAUUGAUGUUUUUGUGGUUCGGAAUCUCGGUGCCGCUGGUGUUUGUUGGGAGCUACUUUGGGUUCAAGCAGGCAGCGAUCGAGGACCCUGUUCGGACUAACAAGAUUCCACGACAGAUUCCUGAGCAGCCAUGGUACAUGCAGCCAAUGUUUUCGAUUCUGAUUGGAGGGGUGUUGCCCUUUGGUGCUGUCUUCAUCGAGUUGUUUUUCAUCCUCACGUCGAUCUGGAUGCACCAAUUCUACUAUAUAUUCGGGUUUUUGUUUUUGGUAUUUUUGAUAUUGCUGGUGACUUGCGCGGAGAUUACGGUCGUACUGUGCUACUUUCAGCUGUGCAGUGAGGACUACAACUGGUGGUGGAGAGCGUAUUUGACGUCAGGGUCGUCGGCGUUGUAUCUGUUUAUGUAUGCGGCGUUUUACUUCUUCACGAAGUUGCAGAUCACGAAGGUAGUGUCGGGGAUAUUGUACUUCGGAUAUAUGGGGAUAAUAUCAUAUGCGUUCUUUGUGUUGACAGGGACGAUAGGGUUCUAUGCUUGUUACUGGUUCGUACGCGUGAUCUACGCAUCCGUGAAGAUAGAUUAGAUGGUGAAAGUCUGGUGGUGUUAAAGGUCAAUGUGAAGGACUUGGGAAGAAAGUGUUGAGCAGCCGGGACUUGUACAGUCUUUUUCCGGUUAGCGGACAAUUCCAAGAACUGGAAUAGAUUUUCGGAGGACAUUUUUGGGAUUGGGAAAAGUGGGUUGACGGUUCUAGGGCAUGAUUCUGAUAGUUGAAGACCCCUGAUGACAUGGGAGUUCCUCACAGACGUUUCCUUUAUGAGCAGCGUCUGGAAUGGUUCCUUAAUUUUUCUUCGUGCGCCUGACUCCAGCUUGGAAUUUUUUGAAUGUGUUCAACAAUGUGAAACAGUCUUCGUAGUGCCUUUUCCUCAUCCACUGUUCUUUUUAGCUGAAACCAGGUAUGACCUGCAGUGUCGAAGUGUAGGUAGGUAGUCUUUUACAUUAUUUCCAACUCCUGGUGGCAGGACGAUUCGUAAGUGGUUGAUUUUCUAGGUUAAUCUGAUUUUACUAUUUAAACACUA